AUGUCUUUUGAGCCCGUGUGUGCAGACUUCUCAUCUUCUCCGCGACUAGACCUAGAAGAAACAACACUGAACACAUUAUCGGCGGUGACCAGAGAGUAUGCAGCGCCAGAGCUGCUCAGCUCGAAGGUGUUGCGCGAUCCGACACCCACGGCCACGACAGCCUCGAAUGUGUUCUCCAUGGCAUUAACGUUGCUCGUUGCUGCCACCGGGCAACUACUUGUGUAUUCCGGCACGGGAUUCCAACGUCAAGCGAUGGCCACGCAGGGAUGGAUGGUCCUGAGCCAUGUCAGAAACGGAGAAGGAAGGACCUGGAUACCCAGAUUUGGCACUGUGGAGAGAGUGCUUGAGAGAGCGGCGCUGAAGACUGACAUGGGACGAGUAAGUGCGCAGCAAUGGCUGAGUAUCGUCGAAGGCAUUGCGCAAGGAGAACCGGCCAAGAUUUAA